AUGCCUGGUCUCGACCCGAGAAUCGCUGUCCAUCGCUUGGCGAUAAAAAAGGGUGUUAGUCUAAAGAAACAAUCUCAAAGACGUUUCAGAUCGGAGUUGAUCCCCGAAAUUGAAUCUGAGGUAAACAAACUUAUAGGUGCAGAAUUUAUUCGUGAAGUCAAAUAUCCCACAUGGAUAGCAAAUGUAGUCCCUGUGAGAAAGAAAAAUGGACAAUUACGGGUUUGUGUGAACUUUCGUGACGUGAAUGAAGCAUGCCCGAAAGACGAUUUCCCGCUACCAGUCACGGAAAUAAUGAUAGAUGCUACGACUGGUCAUGAAGCAUUGUCUUUCAUGGACUGUAUAGCCGGAUACAAUCAAAUCCGCAUGGCUCCCGAAGAUCAAGAAGCAACAGCGUUCCGCACACCGAAAGGGAUAUUUUGCUAUAAAGUCAUGCCCUUUGGAUUGAAGAACGCAGGAGCCACAUAUCAACGUGCGAUGCAGAAAAUUUUUGAAGACAUGAUGCACAAGAUAGUGGAAUGCUACGUUGAUGACUUAGUAGUCAAGUCCAAAAAGAGGGAGAGUCAUUUGUCUGAUCUCCGCAAAGUCUUUGAAAGAUUACGAAAAUGUCAACUAAAAAUGAAUCCCCUUAAAUGCGCAUUCGGUGUCACAUCUGGGAAAUUUCUAGGUUUCAUUGUCAUGCAUAGGGGUAUCGAAAUUGAUCAGACAAAGAUUAAGGCAAUCCAAGAGAUGCCCGAACCUCGAAACCUUAAAGAACUUCGUGGCCUUCAAGGGCGUUUGGCAUACAUUCGAAGGUUCAUCUCCAACCUUGCUGGAACAUGUCACCCAUUCAGCCAUCUCAUGAAAAAGGAUACUCCAUUUAAUUGGGAUGACUUGUGUCGAAAGGCAUUCGAAAGCAUAAAAAAGUAUUUGUCUUCUCCACCAGUGUUGGGGGCACCAGUCAAAGGAAAACCUCUUAUCCUUUACAUUGCUGCACAAGAGCGGUCGUUGGGGGCAAUGUGCGCUCAAGAAAUAGAGGAUCGCAAAGAGACGACUCUUUACUACCCGAGUCGGACGUUGGUGGGUGCUGAAUUGAACUACUCACCCAUUGAAAAAAUUUGUCUUACUUUGGUUUUUGCCAUCCAAAAGUUAAAGCAUUACAUGCAGGCUCAUACAGUCCAUAUCAUCUCAAAAGCUGACCCAAUCAAGUAUAUCCUUUCAAGACCAGUUCUCUCAGGACGACUUGCUAAAUGGGUUGUACUCAUCAAACAGUAUGACAUUGUGUUCGUGCCGCAAAAAUCUGUGAAAGGUCAAGCAAUAGCAGAUUUCUUUGCAGAUCAUCCAGUGCCACCUGAAUGGGAGCUUUCUGUUGAUUUGCCUGGGGAGGAUGUGUUCUAUAUUGACGUACUCCCACCUUGGGAAAUGUAUUUUGACGGGGCUGCUCGUCAAGAUGGCACUGGAGCUGGAGUUGUCUUUUUGUCUCCAGAAAAGCAUGUUCUGACUUACUCGUUUGUGUUAACUCAGUUAUGCUCAAAUAAUAUGGCCGAAUACCAAGCCCUCAUUCUAGGCCUCCAAAUGGCCGUGGGACUAGGAUUAAAGGACUUGGAUAUUUACGGAGACUCACAACUAGUGAUAAGCCAACUCUUAGGAGAAUAUGAAGUCAAGAAAGAGGAUCUAAUUCCUCAUCACAGACAUGCAACAAAAUUGCUUGAGAAGCUUGACAAUGUUAAGUUAAAUCAUGUUCCAAGGAGUGCCAACAAAAUGGCUGACGCACUUGCAGGGCUUGCAACCACUUUGGCACUGGGGGCAGAAGAAACCAUGUCAGUACCGGUUUGUAACCGUUGGGUCGUUGCGCCAGACAUAGACGAAAUUGAAGAUGAGGAAUAUGAGGAAGUCGACAUGAUCACUGUUCAUCAAAUUGACCAAGAAGAUUGGCGUCAACCAAUUGUCGACUAUCUAAGUCAUCAAAAAUUGCCUAGUGACCCAAGGCAUAGAAUGGAGAUUCGUCGUCGAGCCCCUCGAUUUAUACUUUUUAAUGGAACUUUGUUUCGACUAUCUUUCAACGACUCAUGGUCGAGAUGCAUCGGAGACGAGGAAAUAAUGAAAGCCAUGGAAGAGGCUCACGCUGGAAUUUGUGGUGCACAUCAAUCAGGUCCUAAGUUGUAUGAUUGCCUUAAAAUAAUGGGCUAUUAUUGGCCAACAAUGGUGCAAGAUAGCAUGGACUACGCGAAGAAAUGUGAAGCUUGUCAGUUUCAUGCUAAUUUCAUCCACCAACCUCCAGAACCCUUGCACCCUACGGUCUCGUCUUGGCCUUUUGAAGCAUGGGGACUUGACGUUGUUGGUCCAAUUACACCAAAGUCGUUUGCGGGUCAAGCAUAUAUCUUAGCAGCAACUGAUUAUUUCUCUAAGUGGGCGGAGGCCGUCCCUCUCCGCGAGGCCAAGAAAGAAAAUGUCGUCGACUUCAUUCGUACCCACAUCAUUUACAGGUACGGUAUACCUCGACGGAUCAUCACUGACAAUGGGAAGCCAUUCUUCAACACAUUGAUGACAAGUCUUUGUGAGAAGUUUAAAUUCACGCAACAUAAAUCGUCCAUGUACCGUACUCCUGCAAAUGGCCUAGCGGAAGCCUUCAAUAAAACACUUUGUAAAUUGUUGAGCAAAGUUGUUUCAAAAUCGAAACGCGACUGGCAUGAAAGGAUAGGGGAAGCUCUUUGGGCUUACAGGACGUCAUACAAAACAGCAACACAGUCAACCCCAUAUGCUUUGGUGUAUGGUGUCGAAUCUAUUUUGCCUUUGGAACUUCAAGAAGGGUUGACUAAUGAUGAUAAUAACAGUUAA